CUUUAUAUAGCCAAAUCCAAGCUCUCCCCCUAAUCUUUAAUAUCACCAUUUUUGUGAAGGAGAUAUAUUUCUCUCUUUCUCUCUCUAAAAAUCUUCCCUUUCUCUCUCUAAAAAUCUUCCUUUUCUCUCUCUAGAAUCGCUUUGGUCGAAGUUUUCUCCAUUUGAUCUCUACGCUUGUGAUUAUAUAUUUUUUCUCGUAAUCGAAUCUAUAGUUUCUUAAUAAAUCGAAGAAUUUGAUUUUUUAUAGAUUUUGUUUGAUUUCGAGAUGGUUAAUUCUAGAAACGGGGAAUUUGUUGACGACCGCGUGGAUCGGGACGACGACGAAUUAAUCGGUUCGUCGGACGCAUCUUCGUCCAUCAACGGCGUCGUUGGUACCUUUAGCGUUGGAUCUGGAACAACUUCGGGACAGAGCGGUGAGGUGAGGAACGAAAUCGGACUUACGGAACGGUUAACGGAUAUAUUCGUAGAGGAAAACGAUGGAGAUUUGUUGCUUCAACAGAGCGAUCGAGAAGAUAGGGUUCUGCAAUGGUUACAAGCUUUGGAUAUGCAAGUAAUCGGCGCUUGUCGAACCGAUGAAAGGUUAAAGCCUUUGUUGAAAGUCAAUGUUUCGAACGGCGUAGCCGAGGAUCGAUUGUUAGCUCACUUGAGUCAGCAUUUUGAGCCAUCGGAAGUUGGUAUGCUGGCGAGGUGCUUUUGUAUACCUUUGGUUUCAAUUCGAGUGGGGAAGAUUAACAAACAAGGAACCUGUUUUCAGCCUACUGCUGCAAGGGGAAAUUUGAGUCUCACGCUCUUGCCAACAUCGGACUUGCGCCUUUCAUUUGUUGGGGAUGAUGGUCAAACUGAGAGAUUGUUUACCUUAAGUGACGAACCUGAGUGUGCUGAUGUUUCCAUCAACGAGAUCCCAACAGACAGUUCUGGACGAUCUUUCCUUGUGAAAUUGCCUGAUGGCAAAUUUUUUUACUAUUGGUGCUCGGAAAGAUCAAAGCUCUUGGGGGUUGAAUUGCUCUCAAAGAUGAAGGAUCUAAUCAAAAGUAAACCAUCUAUAGCUGAAUUAACUGGAAUCAGCGAGUCACGAUUAGGCUGUUUUGCAACUCAGCUUCGUGCCUAUCUCCUAGGAUCAUCUGUGAAUCCGGAAGCAAGUUGUGCUAGUUCACCUUCACCCAGUACCACACACGAUGCUAUUGUUGUGCACAAUGGGCAAUCUUCAUCAGCUACAUCAAAAUCUUUGCGAUCCCGACAUUCUAGCAGUCAAGCAUCCAAGGUGAAUGCACUUUAUCAAGGUAGCUUAAGUCCAAAAUCAAGCUCUUUCAAAGAGGGUUUGAUCCGAAACUCAUCUUUCCCGAGAAGCACCACCAGGGAUAAGCUGCGAAGGCGUGGAGAUAAUCUUCCGUUAGCCGAGAGCCUUAAAGUUGCUUCGCCUAUUAUAAAUGAUUCUUCUAAUUGCAAUCAAGCUGGAACUGACAAUCUUCUGGACAGCAAGAGUUGCUCGCUCACUCCUAACUUCCUUGAAUCACUUGGAAAACUUGCCGCUCCACCAACUCCAAGUGGUGUUUCUCAGGUUUCCUCCGUAGGACCUCCUCUAUUUUCUCCUUACUAUUGUUGGUGUCCCCCAGGAUCAUCGACACUACAAUGCUCAGCUACUUCCGAACUCCCUGCCUCUUCAAUCUCAUCUUUUAAGCUUCCACCGCUUUCAUCAAUGUUGCCAACAAAUGGUUCUUCCAGCUCGUUGAAACCAACUCUACCUCUUGGUCUUACUGAUGUACCAUCACUGGAUUUUCCAGCUUUCCUCCCGGAACCAUUGGUCCGAUUACCGUUGGCGAGUUCACAGCAAAUUCCAACCUUCACACCUUUGAUUUGUGAUCCAAUUGUUCAUAUUCCAGUCAUUGAUGUUUGCUCUUCAGGACAAGGUUAUUUGGUUAGUGCAGGUGCUACUAUUUCAACCUCAAUCCCUCCGUUACAUCCAAACCUCGUAAACCCAUUAUUACCGGAUACAACUGAUUCUGUAGUGGAAAAAGGUGCAAGAGAAACCCUCCGGUUACUCAUUAGUGGUUCGACACAGGGCAACCCUCCAUUAAUUGAUGUAUUACCGGCAGUUGACAAAAAAGGUAUCCUUGUUACCGGAAGCAGAGGGCUAUACAGCGGAACUAGGGACAUAAGUGCCAUUGCCGGUGGCAUUGCCACUGUGAGUUUCGCUACACUUUCAUCCACCUCCAUGUCAGAUAGCUUUAUAAAACAUCCCGAUUCAAAGCAGGUCAGAUCUAAUGGCUCGGAAGGAUCUUGUUCAGGCAGUGAUGCUAAACUUUCGGACUCGGAAAGAAGUUAAAUAGUGAAUAAAUAAAUAAAUAAAUGUAGGCAAUGGUAUUGUUCCCUCUGUAAGUCUUUUUCUUUUGUAGGUUAGAAAAUGCAAAAUGUAGAUCAAUGUAUCUGCAAUUUUGUCAUAUUUUAAAAUGUAAUUAGUCCCAAUCUGUUAUCCCA